ACUAAAGUAAACAGGAUGAUGAUCCUGAUCGCCACCUUUUAUUAAGGUGAAAGACCAACACCAGCUGGUGAACUUCUGGUAUACAUUGUACAUGUAUAUUUUGUUCUCGUGCACAAACAAAAUUCUGAAGCCCUAGUUGCACGCUGGCUAACGAGAUCCUGCCGUUAACAGAGGGCGCCAUAGCGAAGGAGAAAAGUAGAAUGAAGAUGGCAGCGUACAGGGGAAUGUUGAUGCAGUCUUUUCGAAGAGUUUAUGUAAUCAGUUCUUCCCGAUUCAUUCAACAGGCUGCAAACAGACCUCAGUCUGAGCUGACAGCUGCUGGGGGCUUUCGAGAUCCUCAAUCCAUAAACACAGCUACACGCGGGGCUUCCAAAAAGCUGCUUCAGAGAUGGGUUCCGGCAAGGACCACACAGCAAGCCAGGAGUAUGUUCAUUCAGACCCAGGACACCCCUAACCCUAACAGCCUCAAGUUCAUACCAGGAGUCCCCGUUCUGGAUCAGGGAGGGACCGUGGACUUCCCCAGUGCCAGGACAGCUCACAGUUCACCUCUCGCAAGGUUGUUGUUCCGUAUUGAUGGUGUCAAAAGUGUGUUCUUCGGCUCGGAUUUCAUCACCAUCACAAAAGUUGAUGAUGACACCACAGAGUGGGCCGUCAUGAAGCCCGAGAUCUAUGCCACCAUCAUGGAUUUCUUCACCAGCGGGCUACCGGUGAUGACGGAUGAACAGCCGGCAGCAGAUACAGAGGUUCACGAAGACGAUGACGACACGGUCGCGAUGAUCAAGGAGCUCCUGGACACUAGGAUCCGACCCACCGUGCAAGAAGACGGAGGGGACAUCGUAUACAUGGGUUUUGAAGAUGGCAUUGUCAAACUCAAGAUGCAAGGGGCGUGCACCAGCUGCCCGAGUUCAGUGUUGACAUUGAAGAGCGGGGUACAGAACAUGCUGCAGUUCUAUGUGCCGGAAGUUGUGGGGGUCGAACAGAUUGAGGACGAAGCAGAUCAAGUUGCCAAUGAAGAAUUCAACAAGCUGGAGGAGAAACUUGAAGAGAAGCCAACAUGAAAUGGUACACAGGUGACACAUCUCGGGGGGGGGGCCUUUUUGGGGCUGAAAGAGUGUGCAGUGUUAUGUUAUUGAAGUACCUUUGUUUUAGAAGGGUCAACUUCUUCAUCCAAAUGGAAAAUUGGUUAUUUCUCAGACCGCGACAACAAAAACCUAAAAAAAUUGGCGGUGGUGUUCAAAGUUGCUGGUCACGUAUUUCCUUGCCAGCAAUUGUUAAAAUAGCGAUGUACAUAAAAGAAAUGGAAUGUUACGGCCUCUUGGUCCAAUGUAUCAGGAUCAGAUUCUGGGAUGUUUAAUUAGUUUCCUUCUCAGCCCAUUGGGCUAUGGGGCAAAGAUAGAGUUUACCAUUGUAAAUAAAUCUGCUGCCGGUGCACCGAUGGUAGCACUGUGUUGCAUAGAGCACCGGAGCUUGACGCCAUCUAAUCAAGGAAGGGUUGUGCAAAUGAACGGCAAAUGCAAGUGUUGGUUCAUGAACUGGUUGCCAGGCCAGUGGCUUUGAUGCGCAUAAUUGUGCGCCUGACGUCUUGAUUUUGGUACUCUGUACAUCCAAGAGAACUAAGUUGGCCUUGGAGUUCAAAUACUUCAUUGGCAUUAUAAACAGGGUAGUAAAGUGUCAGUGGAUGGUGUGGUCUAGUACCCAGGCUUCUUAUUAGGGCCGGGUUGUCUGAACACACAAAUACAUGUAUGUGUUUAAAAGAUGACUCAUAUUAGUCUUCUUUUCAAAAUGUUCGGUCAAUUAUUAAGUUUAGUGCAAAGUUACAGUGUCUUGUUUGUGAAUACACUCCACAGUUCUGUUUGGACUUCCAAAAGAACUCUAACAUUUCCCGGACAUUUUUACAAACCACUCGUAAAUGUUAUCUACAGAUGUCUUGGAGGAGUAAUUGGUGAUUGAAAAGAAGUGAAAUUUAAUUUGCUUUGCUAAUCUGAUUGGUUGGAUUUUGAAGUAAAUUUCUGGCAUUAACCCAUGCGAAUUAGCAGCAACGAUGACCAGUAACAGUUUGGAAUCAAACCAACUGCACUCCAUGCUUCAUCCAACCACGGAUGUUCGCCUUUAAUUUUCAGCAAUGGAAUAUGCGAGAUAGACAAAAACCCAUACACAAUGUAAAGAGAUUUAAUGAUAAGAAAUUAGAAUUCUAAUAAGUCACUAAUGUGAUACACCAAAUAUAAUGAAAGGUUGAUUAAAAAAAAGGAUAGAUUGGAGGCACUCUA